AAUACUGAUACUUGAGAGACAAAAAAUUUAAUCUCACUCCCUCAAUGUAUAUUUCAACUCUCCUUGAUUGUGAUUGAUUAAAUGACUCUCUCACUAGAUUGUUCAUCUAAUGAUUAUAUGAAAUGGAUUAAUUAAUAACAACAUGUUUCCUUGAACAGUAAAUAAUUAGUGCUAAUCAUUAGUUAAUUAAUUACCUUUUUUCUUCACCCAAUUGGAUUGAUCAUCUUUAUAUUUUUUGCUUCUGUCAAUAGGAUUUAAAUUAUCAUGAGCUUAUUGUUGGUGAAUCAAAUUAAUCGUACUUUGUUAAUUAUUUCAAUAUCAACUACUAUUAAAUUAACUAAUUGUCUUCUAAUUGUUGCAAUCACAUUUGAUAUCAACUAAUUGUUUCCAUCUAAAUUGUCACUAAAUUGUCACUAAAUUAUUAUUAUAAUUCGGCUUGGAUUUUAUUUUUUCUUGUGUUUUCUUAAUCAUCUGUAAUUCAUUUAAAAGUUUUUAAUUGUUUCAAUGAUUUACCAUCAACUGAUUUAACUUUAUUAUCUAAUUAAUACCAGUAACAAUCAAUUAUGCACUUAAUUGCUAUAAAUAGUGUUUUUUUAAUCCAUUUGAUUAGAAUUGUUUUUUUAAUUUCUAUUCAUUUUAAUUUCAUUUCAACAGCAACAAUUGAUGAAAAUGAUUCUGAUAACAUGAAAAUCUCAACGGUUGAUUGGCACAAGAUGAUCGGUGAAAAUCGGCCUCCGACAAACGACGAUUAUCUGUUUGUAACGGACCUGGAGUUCGAAUGAAUAUCGUUUAUACGAACCCACCAAAGGCCAAUUGUGAAACUUGCGCGAUCGAAAUUAGUCUAAGAUUUUGGGCUAAUUGGAAUCGAACCAAAUUCCCGGUGAUUAAAGAGGGAACUGAACUAUUUCGAUUGGCGGUAAUGCCGUGUAAUAGAGCGAUGCCAGCGACGAAGUUCAUUCGUUUCGAUGAUUUCGACCCAUCGACCUGGAACUAUUUCGUUUACACAGCAUCGGCAAAGUCCGAGUUCAACUUUAAAUGUGAUAAAAAGGUGGACAUUGAAGUGUCCGAUAAUGAGGAUUACCAGUCAAAGAUUACGCUGGACGAUCAAUAUUUAAUUGCAAUUAAAGAUCUACACAUGAAAUAUUAUUGUUUCAUGAAAACUGCUGAACCUUUACUUUCAAAUGAAACUUGUUCAGGUGAUUUUGAUGGUCAGUCAACUGCAAGGUGUGUCGAUGUUACUUGUAAUAAAAACAAUUGUCCAGCCUCUUUCUCAGUCCAGGGUGGCUACUGGUCACCCGAUAAUCUGCCUUCUCGUACAGCAGAUUAUCAAGAUUUCUGGUAUACAAAUGAAAAUUGGAAAACACUGACCAUCACUUUAACUGAAUCUCAAGAUGAUCAAAUGACCUGUAUCAAUAUUGGCUAUUGGAUUACAGGUAAAAGUUAUUUGUCCAUUGAGAUUGGUCAGACAAUAAUUAACUUGCACAGUACCAAAAUUAGACCAAAUAUCGAGGGUCAAGUUAAUUAUAAAUGGGAAAAUAUUACUUUUUGUCCAAGUCAAUUUACUCAGAAGGAAAAUAUUACCCUAAUGGUCAAUCGAUUAUCAAACUGACCUCACAUUUAACUGGAUCAAAGGAUUUAAUUGCAGUAUCAUUGGCAUCUAAUUUUGAAAGUGAAUCUCAUCUCCGAACAAUUAACAAUUAUCUUCAUCAUUUUAGUCGCCCUGAGGCAUCAAGUGAAUGGUAUGUCCUACCGAAGGGUUUGAAAACCGACCCGGGUAGCGAUCCAGGUCAACCUUUUGCUAUUGAAUUAGCGUUACCUUCGGCCUCAUCGGGAACUGGUUACAUAUUUUCCCGUUGGUUUAAAUACAGUGCUGGACUUAAAUUUCGUGGGACACUUAAAUCGGAUGAGCUUUUUGGCCAUUUUUCAGCGAAACUUUCCCUCCACGAGUCCAACGGUAGACCCGUUUACGAAUAUAAUUUAUUUAUGCUUACAGCCGAUUCAAUGGUUAACAAAUUAAAUCAACGAUUAGGAAUCAAAUUGGAUGCGAGUAGUUCAAUUAUCACCAAUAAAAUAGCCAAAUCAACACUUUGUUUCAUCAUGAUCACAAUUAAUUACAACACCACAAAACAAUCAAAAUUGAUUCUAUCCGAUGUCGAUGUUGGUGAUGGCUGUCGGGAAAGUGAACUGGUCUGUAUGGGUCAUGGCAAAUGUAUCAAUUUGGAACCAGAUCAGUACCAAUGUUCAUGUGAUUCGGGUUGGACGGGUUCUCAUUGUGCAUCAGUCAAUUUCUGUGAAACAAUUGACCCAGAUUCUGGACUAACGGGAAAUCAAUUUUGUGAACUUUCAGAAGGAAAGUGUAACCCGAUAACUUACAGUCCAGUUUCAUUGGUUUGCGAUUGUGAUAAAAUGAGAUUUUGGACAUUAAUCAGUUCAUCAAAUUUCGUUACAACCGAUUCAAGGAACAAUAAAAGGUUAACUGUUUAUCGUAAUAGUUCAUCGGCCUUUAAGAUUGGCCAUUGCGAACCUGUGUCCAAGUGUGUCGGCAUUUCCGAUCUUUGUCCAACUGGUUAUGCCUGUGAUGAGGAAUCAUGGUCAUCCGAUAAACCUUGUCAAAUAUGCAAUCGGGCUCUGGGCUAUAUUAUGUUUGAUGGUCAGUGUGUUAAGAUUGAUGCUUGUUACAAGAAGUGUGGAAACGCAAAGUGCUCAUCAAUUGGUGUUCAAUGGUAUUGUUAUUGUGAUGAGGGUCAAGAAUUGGACGAGGAUGGUACAACCUGUAAACCAAAAAGUAAAUGCUUAGUUUGGGAUAGUCAAAAAUUAAAAUGUUCACACGAUUGUGAGAUGAUUAAUGAUGAACCAAAGUGUACUUGUUAUUCUGGUUACACUUUAAUGGACGAUGGUAAAUCUUGUAAGUCCAAUUUCAAUUGUACGAUUGAUUGUCCGGAAGGGUCAAUAUGUAAACAGGAUGGUCCAAAUGAGCCGUCAACUUGUAUCUGUCCACUUGGCUGGGAUCGAGAUGAGGUCACCUCAAAGUGUACUGAUAUUUGUAGAUUAGCUGACCAAGGAAACGAAGGCUGGAAGGAUUAUAUUCGCGAUGCCUGUGGCAAUGAUCGAUGUAAUUUAAUCAACAACGAGAUCCAAUGUAUUUGCACUCCACCAACGGUGACCAAUAAAAUGGGUCUUUGUGAAUUGGAAAAGAUUUGCUUCCCUCAUAAUCGAGGUCACUUUGAUUGUACCGGACGAAAUGCCCUUUGUGAACCUCGAUCGGACGGGGUAACGUUCACCUAUCGUUGUCUCUGUCCACCGGGUAAAGCUUUCGAGGAUGGUGUUUGUGUGGACCAGUGUGCUAGUAAGAUACACGAAUGCGCUGCAAUGAAUGCCGUUUGUCGGAUUAGCGAGGACAUUGAAUCGGAUACCCAAAUAGCGGCCUGUAAAUGUAGACCAGGUUUCGUUAUGACAAAUGGCUACUGUUAUCUGGCUCAUAAUUCAAUCAAGGCCACUUUUACUGUUAAACUGAUCGAUACCAAGAUAAGUCAUGCUGGUGCCACGAUCGAUGAUCUUUGGGAAUCGUUUUGUUCAAACAUUGGUAUUAAAUUUUUGCACGAUUGUCGGCUCUACACUCGAGGUGUCCUUUACCAAUGGUUCAAUGUUAUCAUGGAAACUCAACUUGAUCGGAUUAUCGAUCGUUAUGUUGACGCGAUUUUAGGUCCAAAUAUUAAAAAGUUUGCCGAUCAAUAUGUUGAUUCGGUUACAUUAAUCGAGUAUGAAGCAAAUUCGAACCUUCCUUCGAAAGGUUUAAAACCAAUCGAAGCAUUUAAUGCCACCACAAUUAAGAAUUUAUAUAAACGCAAUUCUUUUUACAAUAUAACCGUUUCUCUUCAAAUGAAAAGUAAGCGAAUUGGUCAAUCGUCCUUGCUACGAAUGCUUUGUGACGAUGUUUUCGACCUGGAUGAUCCUCGACAUGAUUACUGUUUAAUCCCUUCACAAACACUAAUCCAAAAAGGAACCAUAAUAGAAUCUGAUCUAAUCCCAUGUUCUGAAAAAAACAUCGACUAUUGUCCAAUGGAUACAACUUGUAUUCCCGAUAUUGACGAGACCAAAUUUCGCUGCUCAUGUAAUCCAGGUUACGAACCACAAGCGGUAAUUAAAUUGGACAUGACGAACUCACAAUUAACAAAACAAUAUUGUAUCGAUAUCGACGAGUGUAGUCUUGGUCAAACUCUUUGUCCAGGUCAUUCGCGCUGUAUCAAUACCCGAGGAUCUUAUAGAUGUGAAUGUGAAGAUGGUUGGAUUAACGAUGGAAUCCAGUGUAUAGAAUUGUGUGAAUAUCAAGAUUGUCAACAUGGUGAAUGCCAAUUAAUCAACAAUCAUACAGCAAUUUGCAGAUGUGAUUCUUGGUAUACUGGUGAUAAAUGUGAAACAAUUAACAAAAUCGCUUCUUUUUGGCGAACCAUGACAAUCGUAGUUGCGGUCAGUUUAUCGUCGAUAUUGAUCAUUUAUAUUGUGACCACUGUUACGAUUGCUCGAAGGUCAGUCAACCACCAAUCAGCGACCAUCACUUAUGAAUUAUCAAAAUCAACAGUCUUUGAAAAUGGUUACCUUAAGAAUAGGAUUGAAUUAACCGAUUCAAUGUACAUGCGGAAUAUAAGACCUUCAUCAAGGUCGAUGGCGGGACGACGUGAACCAAUAUCGUCCAAUUUUGACCUACAAUUGCGAUAGAUCACAAAGUAUUGACUCUAAUUAACUUCUAAUAUCGUCAACAAUUAACUUAAUUACCU